AUGUCGCUUCCUUACAGUACCUCGAACUCGCCCGUGGGCGACCAGUCAGCCGAUCAUUCGCAAGGACCGCCGCGAAAGAAGAUGAGGAAGGGAACCAAGAGUUGCCUCGAGUGUAGGCGGAGGAAGAUCAAAUGUACCUUCGAAGCAGGCCGGACUGCCAUCUGCAACGAAUGCUAUGCACGAGGUUCCACUUGCAUCGAUCAAGAGCAUGGAGACAUCAACGCCUAUGCCCAGCAAGCGGCGGAGCAGUCGUCCUACAGUCUCCGCGAACGGGUGACCCAGCUUGAAGGACUUGUCAAGCAAGUCCUCCACCGCUUCCCUGAUGGACACAACCCAGGCGAUUCACCAUCAGUCGAUCGCACUCAGGUCGACGCUCAGGCAGCCGAAGUCCUCAAAAGCUUGAAGACCGGUGCGGCGCCGACUUCCCCUACCAUUGAAGAAUCCAUAUAUCUACCCGGCGGUCUUCGCGACGAGGCACCCGCGCUGACCUUGUUCGACAAUGCCGUUAUCAGCCGGAAAGAUUCUGCGCCUGCUGUGUCUCGCUCACAAUACAAUAAAUCCAAAACUGUCAUUGCAGCUCUAAACCAGCUACUGCCCUCCCCUCACGAUCUCGAGAUCAUCCUAGAAUCUUCACAUGAGUGGUGGACGAUAUGGCGAAAGAUGUUCCCUCAGAUCACCGAUCGAAGAUGCGAGACCAUGAAGCAGUCAGUCUCUCAUUCACUGCGAUCAGAAAAGCCUGCCGAGAUUGCCAAAAUCAUGCUCUGCAUCGCUAUAACUAUACAUCAGAUGCCCCACGGGUUCGAUUGGAGUCGGUUGCAGUUGAAGGAAUCUCGUUCACAGCUCAUCGAAAAAUAUGUUUCCACCGUCAACAGGUUGAUCGUGUCCGAUGACGAGAUCGCCGCGACUGUGGAAGGGAUCGAAUGUAUGGCCCUGGAAGCCAAGUAUCAGGUGAAUAUGGGCCGACCUCGGCGGGCAUGGCUUCUAUACACUCGAGCCAUCAGCUUCUCUCAACUCUUGGGCUUCCAUCGCUUGGCCAGUCACCCGAACAAGAACAACAUCGAUAUCAAACGACAGAUCGGUAUCUGGACACACCUAGUCCUCGGGGAUCGUUUCAUCUCUCUUAUCCUAGGUCUGCCCUACUCCGUUCCUGAUGCUUUCUGUACUCCCUAUUUUUCUGCUGGCGCAUCCGCCGUUCCGGCUGUCAUGAACGAUGGUGAAUUGUUCAUUCAGCAUAUGAUGCCAAUUGUCAGUGGUUUGGUUGACCGCAACCAAUCUGUGACUCCCAUGGCUUACUCGGCUACACUCAGCUUGGAUCAACGGCUCGAUGACCUCUAUUCCGGCCAAGAUCCUUCUUGGUGGACAACUGAGAUGAUUUCUGGCCAAGCUACGGAGGACCAUUUCGAUCGGCUGCAAGCACAAUUUUUCUACCAUCAGGUCAAGGUGCUGUUACACAUGCCUUUUAUGCUGCGGCCACACAAAACCAAUGACAAGCGAUAUCAAUACUCACAUACGCAGGCUCUUGAUGGUGCUCGUGGCAUGAUCAGGUAUUACGAGGCCCUGCGCACGAACACGUCCGUGGGUCCUUACAUCUGCAAAUUGAUCGACUUCCAGACCUUCACUGCGGCAAUGCUUCUGGUGCUGAAUCUUUGUGGCUACUCGGCCACGCACAGACAGAAUGGCGCAUCCGACUCGCCUGAUCUAGAACAAGACCAGGAAGACUCGGAGUUGAUCGAUCGUACCAUCUCGCUUCUACGGGGGGCUUCCGAAGAAGUAGGAGGUGUCGUGGCUGCUCAGUCCGCCCAAGCUCUUGAGAUGAUUGCCAAAGUACGACAUUUGACUCCGGAGAUGGCCAAGGUAUGCACUCCAGAAGAGAUGGAGCGACACACCUGUCAGGUUUCGAUCCCUUACUUUGGCACUAUCACCAUUGGUGCGGGCAAGCAAUUUGUUCCCAUCAAACCUGGAACAUACACAAAAGCUGGCGAGGGAAGGUCCAAGUCGCAACCGCCAGGCUUACAGAGGACGAAUCAGAAUACAGGGCUUCCGACUCCUCCAUCAUUGGCUUCUUCGUCGUCCACGCAGCCGUCGCCGGUGGUAACCAAUCUCGAUGGUCAUUCUGCACGUCAGCCGCCCGAGUAUACUGGGACAGACUAUAUUGCGCCUGGUCUUGGUCAGCCAUGGCCAGAAGACGAUCCCUUUAUCAGUUUCGACCCGAUGAUGGCAUUUGCUCCUGGUAUGGGAGGACCCCUGGACUUUCCUACUGCGGAUUCUAGUGGUGGGAGCUCCGGGUUUACGCCGCAAGCAUAUACAUCUACUCCUGAACAAAUGUCUGGCUUUUCAGGAUCGAGUGGCUAUGCUUUCCUUCCAUUUAGCACCGGAGGUAUGAAUGGAAAUGCGGAUCUGGACCAAGGAUGGAAUUGGCUGGGCGUCGAUGCGCCUGUGAUGCAAUGA